UAUUGCUGUUCUCUGAGGCGGAACUUAACUUUUACACACUGCUGCUUGCGUCCCGUGGGAAUUCAAAGAGAACAAUGUAAUUCAAAAGACUCAUGUUGCUUUGGCAGUGGACUGAUCUGUAGGGAGUAAACAGUUUGGCAAAAAUUUAGCAAUGUCAUAAAACUCCCUUAUGGUUUGAGAUGAUUCAUUUUGUUUUAGAUUUGUAUUAACAAUGUGGCAAUGGCUUUAAAUAACUUCUGGUAUACUGAUUUAUAUAUACAGCAUAUUUUUUCCCUCUGUUUUUCUACUCUAUUGUCUUAGAAGAAAAUAUUCUAAACCUUAAGAUUUCUGCUGCUGCUUCAACUUUUCGGUCACGGGAUCAUUCUAUGGAUUUAGGUUUUUCAUUUAUUUUUUUAUUUUAACUAGAUUUUAUGAAUGAAACAGCUUGUAAACAUACUUUAGAAAUAAAAAUUGUAAUAUCCCAUUAAACAUGAAAGUAUUAUGCAAUCAUGUAAGACAUUUCUCCUUAUACUGUAGAACUUUUUCGGCAUAAAGAGUUCUUUAAAAUUGAACCAAGAAACCCAUCGGAUUCUAUAUUGAAUCCCUCUGAAGCUUUUUUUAAGAGUGUAUUUUCUAAAAAGCAACAGACAGUUGGAAAUGACGGGUGUGUUUUUUUAACUCAUCUCAUCUUUUCUCGACCCGCUCUGCUUGAGAAGUCAUUGACGUGGAUUUAGUUCUCAUUUGGGAAUUGGGACUUGGAAUUCAUCUGUUUUAGAGUUAACGUUGAAAUUUCAGUUACUCAAUGUGAGUGUGGGCUGUGAAGGCUUAAAAAAAUGUAAACAACUUUUAAAGUCUUCUGUGAUGAACAGACCAAAAUGAUUAAUUUUAAAUAAUUAUUUAAUUAUUAUUUUAUGGAAAAAUCUUAAUGAAACAGUCAUUAAACAUAAAAGUAUCGGGCUAUUAUUAUUUCUCUCUCUUUCAUGAUUAUUUUAACGUCUUUGCGGUGUUGAACGAUAUAGAUUUACUGUGGAACAAUAUUUUAUUAUAAGCCAAUACGUUUUAUAUAAUAUUCAGAUCACUUAAACAAAAAUAACAACCUCUUCGUGACUGAAAGUCACAGAAAAAAUAUUCUAAUCCAUAAUUUGACAUCUCGAAAUUACUAUACCAAGCCUCAGCACUAGGCGGCGCCAUUUUAUACAACCCGAUAGACAGAGGAUCUCUCUUCUUUCCGAGAGCUUCUAACCUGCGAUGUUCUGACUGAACUUUCUGGUAAAUCCUGUAAUUCUUCUAUCAAUUUUCUGUCCUGACAUUUAUACCUGACUAUAGUGUUUAUCCUAAGAAUGUUUCAGUAAGAUACCUUUGAGUGUCUUAAAUAAUUUUCUCUAACGUUUGUUGUACGUCUUGCUAAAGAAAGUGUCGGCUAAUCAUCUGAGGGGAUAUAAACUGCACAAUGCUUCACCACUUCUUAGUCCAUACAGCUUUUCAGACCAGCAGGUGGCUUCCAAGAGAACAAAGGUUGAAAUUAGGUUUGGCUGUAGCACUUACACUCACAGACCCAGUUCCCAAGAGCAUCAGGGUAGCUUUUCACUCUUUUGGGCUGUUCGCAUUUAUGCAUGGACUCUGUACAUUCAUUUUUACCAUGACUGCACCUCAGUGUGUGAACACCACCACAGAAUUGUAUAUAUUUUCUUUGGUAGUGUCUUGGGCCUGCAUACUCUCAACAGUUUUCUUUCUGGUCAGAGGAGGUCUUUGCCUGAUCCACAGACUGUUUCCUCAUUGGCUGAGAGAUACAUCCCUCUGGGGUUGAAAAUGAUCUACUGACACUCAAUACAGGUGCAUCUAUUAUUUACAGUGUCAAUGGUUUUCAGACAGUUGUGGGGUGCAGGUUAGGAGGUAUUCUAUUUA